AUGCGAUGGCAUAGAAUCCGGAUCUCCAUCCGGACGCAACUAAUAGCGCUCGUGCUGUUCGUGGCGCUGUUCUCGCUGUUUGUACUUGCCGUCGUGUCUGGCUUGUACUUCACGUCGGUGUUUACGUCGGCUAGAGUCGAGAAACUCCAAGUUGUGGCAGAGCUCAAGGCUGCCCAAAUAAAACAGAGUUUUAUCUAUUAUUACUACCAGAUCUACUUUCUGAGCACGCGAGAUACGCUCGAGGACGCGCUGAGCUACCGCAAGGCCGGAAACACGUCCGACUCGGUCACUGCAGACGCCAUCAAGACGAUCGAACAAACACUCGACUCCUCGGCCUCGCUGAACGCCGCGCGGCUCUACGACAUUAAUCUGUCGCUUAUUGCGAACGUGUCGAACAGCGAGGCGUCCGCAAAAAUCGCCGCCGAUUCCCUCGAACGCCUGUACAUUCUGGGCCACAACAACUCUGCGGCAGUGACCGAUCAACUGGCCAAACAGCUCGGCUACGUUGCCGGGCCCAUCUAUUACAACACAACAUAUUUCAUGUCGCUGACGCUGCCCGUGUACACGAACUCGUCUGUGCUGCUCUCAACGCCCAAUUUGAGUGGCUACAUCUCUGUCAUAGUCAACGUCGAUUCGGUCAAGGACGUCACGGAGAGCGCGUCGACCGACGACUACGCCGGCAUCUAUUGUCUCAAACCGCUCAACACCACCGGCAACGCGACUCUCACCGACACGUAUGCGUACGUUUUCGGGCCCACCGACGACGAAUACAACAUUUCGUCCUAUCCGCCCGCCGAGGCCGUGUUCGUCCAGAACAAGGACAUCGGCCACUACACAGACAUGCGGAACCCGUUUGGAGAGCGGGUUUCUGUUGGAUACUCUAAGGUGGAUCUCACGUACGCUGAUUGGAUGAUCUCCGUGGAGCAGAGCCGCGGCAAGUUCAUGGGCCCGACCGUCAAGCUGACGAAGCUGAUAGUGGGUGUUUGCAUCGGGAUUGCCGCGUUCAUGUGUUUUGUGACGUUUCCGCUUGCACAUUACGGCGUUCGACCAAUUCUGAAGCUGCAGAAGGCCACCGAGCAGGUCACGGAGGGCCGCGGGCUGCGCACUCAGAGACGACAUAAGAGAAACGGAGCCAUUUUCAAUUUUGACCGCAGAGACAGCAGCCGGCGUGCAAACAAAGAAAGCACGGACGGUUCCCCACCGCCACCGGGGCCGCCAGGCGGCCAGUCCACCUACCGCAGCAAGUUCCAUUCGCUCGGCAACCUGCAACGGCUGAUGAUCCCAAAAGACGUCGAUAAGACAGAUCACAUGAAAACGGAGUCGAGCGAUACGAGCGACGAAAAGCUGUUUGCGCGCGAGCUGGACGACGAGCGGCGCCACACGCGCGACGAGUCGCAGUUCGACAGCAUGGGCCGCACCGUGACAAGCCCGCAUUCGCACGAGAGCUUCCCCGACUGGGUUGUUGGGCGGCGUGUGCCGACGCCGGCGAUUGUGCAGGGCAAGGGCCUCUUUUAUGACGAGCUGAGCGAGCUGACAGAGGCGUUCAACGCGAUGACCGAGGAGCUGGACCUGCAGUACGCGCAUCUCGAGGACCGUGUGCGGGCGCGGACCAAGGAGCUGGAGGUGGCCAAGAUCCAGGCAGAUGCGGCCCGGCAGCAGGCAGAGGCGGCAAACGAGGCCAAGACAGUGUUCAUUGCCAACAUUUCGCACGAGCUUCGCACGCCGCUCAACGGCAUUCUGGGCAUGACGUCGGUGGCCAUGGCCGAGACCGACGUCGACCGCAUCCACUCGUCGCUGGAGCUCAUCUUCCGCAGCGGCGAGCUUCUGCUGCACAUCCUUACACAGCUUUUAACGUUCAGCAAGAACCAGCUGCAGCGGUCGAAGCUGCAGAAGCGCACGUUCCAGAUCUCGGAGCUUGCGUCGCAAACAGAGUCGAUCUUCGGCAAGACCGCGAUCGACCAGAAGGUGAGGCUCGAGCUGGUGGUGAAGCCUGCUCUUUUGCGGCACAUGGUGCUGUUUGCCGACUCCAAUCGGCUCAUGCAGGUGAUCAUGAACCUCGUGAGCAACUCGCUCAAGUUCACGCCCGAGGACGGCGUCGUGACAGUCACGAUGCGCAUUCUGGGCGAGUACGACGCGCAACGGUCACGCGAGGCCAACUACGAGAGCGUCUUCAUCAAGAACAACGCGGCGUACUCGUCUGCGACGGCCGCCAUGUCUGACGCCGCCAGUAUCGACACCAUGGCAUCAAGCAGCUACAGAAGCGUGCUGGCCGCGUCGUACAACUACGGCACCGAGUUGCGCGCCAGUGUCGAUUCGCUCACCUCCGGACUCGACGACGACGGGUACCUGGACAGCCAGAAGGAGAAAAAAACGUACAGCAAGUUCAGCAAACCGAUCAAAUGGGUGUUCGAGCUGACCAUCACCGAUACCGGGCCGGGCAUCGACGAGUCGUUGCAGGAGAAGAUUUUCGAGGCUUUCGUGCAAGGCGACCAGACUCUGUCGCGGUCGUACGGUGGCACUGGCCUGGGACUAUCGAUUUGCAAGCAAUUUGCCAAAAUGAUGCACGGAACGCUGACGCUGCGGUCUAAGGUGGGCCACGGCUCGUCUUUCACGUUCACAGUUCCGCUUCCGCAGGUCGGCGAGUGUGCGUAUGAGGAGCCGAAGCUGAAACGAGUCAGUUUUGCAAACGACUCGACGCCGGUGCCGGAGAUGCCGACGGUCGAGUCGGCGUACAUGGGCAAGCCUGACCUGAUCACGAGAGCGUCGACGGGCACGGCGCUGUCGAACAGAAAGUCUUCCAAUAGCUCAAACGUGUCUGGCGGCGAUUCGUCGUCGAGCAGCACGUGUCCGCUUAAGGUGCUGAUUGCAGAGGACAACCUCGUGAACCAAGAGGUGAUUAAGCGGAUGCUGAAGCUGGAGGGCAUUACCGACGUGACAAUGGCAUGCGACGGGAUCGAGGCGAGCGAGCUCAUGACAGAGGCCAUCGACAACAACGAGACGUACGACCUGGUGUUUAUGGACGUUCAGAUGCCCAACAUGGACGGUCUUUCCGCGACGAAAUACUUCCGCGAGAAGCUCAAGUACACGGGCCCGAUCGUCGCGCUGACGGCGUUUGCCGAUCAGAGCAACAAGGACGACUGUUUGAAGGCAGGCAUGUCGGGCUUUUUGUCGAAACCGAUCGGCAGAGGCGUGCUACGGCGCAUUCUGCAAGACUUCUGUCCUACGCUGUCUCCGAGUCUCGGCGCUGCCGAGCACGAAAAAUCAUAG